UUGAAGCAUAAGCCCAUAAAAACACUUCUCGAUUCCAACGACUUAUCUUUAGCGUUAAAAGAAGUUAUGUUACUUGAGCAUUUUAAUAGUGAAUUUAGCUUUUAAUGUGGAAAAUUUUUUUCUCAUUCAAGUAAUGUGCGAUGCGAAUCUUAACAUGGAAAGCUUUAAUGUUCGCUGCUUUCCUUACCAAUUUAAUGAUAGCCGCAAUUAUGUGGUCUUACAUAGAUUUCCAAUGCGACUGUUCAAACUUUCAAUGGAAACACACUUCAUAUAUUAGUUCCACCCUUGAAAAACACAAAGAAGAAUCCAGCAUUCAAAAUGACACCGAAAGUCAAUUAUCUAAUAAAAUAGCUAUUAUUAUUCGGGAUUUCGAGUUUUUCGAAAAUGACAUUCCAGAAACUGUUAAAUCAAUCUUAUCCGUACUACCUUCUGUAAAAAUAUUCAUUAUCACAGACAAAACUCCAUAUCCACCUUUAGAAUUUUUUGAUAACGAUAAACAAAAUGUACGUUUAAUAAAUUUAAAACCAUCUUUAACGAAACCAUUGGAUUCACCAGAUCCUUUCAGUGUUAUAGAUAAGGAACACAUAAUUGUUUUCCCUGAUUCAGUGAGAUUGAGUGAAAUUACUCAGAUAUCUGGAUUACUGGAGGAGCAUUACAAAGAUCCAGAUAAAAUUAUAGCAGCAAGGGUUGAAGGAGAUGAUUCUGUGUGUUUAGCAUUAAAUAUUAGUCUGCGUUACUGGACCAUAAAAUAUGGAAAAAAUACUCACAAUUCAAACUGCAAUGCCCUAGAGGGUACUCAUGUAUUUUUGGUAACAAAAGCAUUAUUACUACAUUUUGCAUUUCCUUUUUCACAGCCAUUUUCUACAGCUCUUUUUAUACAAGCUACAUUACUCAAAAUAAAGACAAAAGUUGCCAUAGACAUCACAUUUUCCAGAAGCAAACAAUUGUUCACAGAUCCUCAUGCUAAGUGGAAACAUGAACUCUUUCAGAAGCAAAGAAAAGAAAUUAUGUACCAAGACUUUGGUAUAAAAAAAAUCAUUUACCCUGCUUCAAAAGUAGAAUGGCAUGGUUGUAACAAAAACACAGCUCGAUGUUUUGGCUCUGUCAUCAACAACAUGCCAGAUUAUUUGUUUGAAGGUCGCUGGACACCACCUUGUUGUCUAGAAAAUUUACGUAAAACUGCACGUUAUGUAUUCGGCAUUUUAGAAAAGUGUGGAGUUCGAUACUGGUUGGAAGGUGGAAGCUUACUUGGGGCUGUCCGCACAGGUGAUAUAAUCCCUUGGGAUUAUGAUGUAGACAUUGGAAUUUAUAAAGAGGAUAUUCAAAAAUGUGAAUGGUUGAAAAACUCCUUGUUGCAAUCAAUAGUUGAUACACAAGGUUUUGUGUGGGAGAAAGCUCAUGAAGGAGAAUUUAUCAGAGUUCAGUUUAGUCAGACUAAUCAUUUGCAUGUAGACAUUUUUCCAUUUUAUUCUCGAAAUGGGAUAAUGACAAAAGACACUUGGUUUACCGAUCAUAAGCAAGAUACAGAAUUUCCUGAAUAUUUUCUAAAACCUUUGCAUUUAAUAAAAUUUGUGGGCAUGACUGUUUCAGCUCCAAAUAGAUUUAAAGAAUUUUUAGAAUACAAAUUUGGACAGGGUGUCAUAGAAAAUCCAGAAUAUCCAAAUCCAAAAGUAAUGAAAUUUAGUCGGAAAUCCACUUGAUGCAAUUACUGGUAAGGUUUGAUACAUUUUUUUUUUUUUUUUUUGUAAAUAUAUAUAUACGUUUUGAUAUAUAAAUGUAUGCUGUGAUUAAAAUUUAAAUAAUGAUUGAAUCAACAUAUUUUAUAAUAGAAAUUUGAUUGAAUUUUUGUGAAUUAGAUUACUAUAAAAAAUAAUAAUAUAUUACAUUUUUCAGAUUCAUUCCAAUUUUUAUUUGAUUUAGUUAUAUUAAUGUGUUAUUUGAAAGCAAUACAAGGAUUAUUUUGGGACAGAUCUAAUAAUUUUGAGCCUCGGUCAUAUGAAAAGGAUGACACAUGAGCUGGCAACCUCUUCUCCUCUAAAUUUGAGCAUCACACCAACAGAAAUACAUUUAGUUUUUGAGGUGAGAUUCAAACCUUAAUCCCUUUGAUCAUAAAACUUACCACUAGAUUGGCAAAUUAAUAAGAAAGAUAGCAAAGUAAUUAUAAAUACUGCCAAAAAAAUUUUUUAUUGUAAAUGUGAUAUUCUGAAGAUGCAUAUAUGAGCUAGGAAUAAUUUUAAAUAUUUAUUCAAAAGUUUGAAUUGUUAGACAUUAUAUAAAGGUCCAUAAAAAAAUUAAGGAAAAUUUAUCAGUCAUAGUGAAUUUAAAAUUUUUUUAUCAUCAAGAGUUUCAUACAUGAUAAAUAAGCAAUAUAUUUCUUGAGAAAAAUUUAAAGAAAAUUCAAACCUUUAAUUUGAAUUAUGGUUGAUAAUAAUGUUUUGUUUGAUUCAUCUAUCCUGAUUUCAUUUUUUAAAGUUUGCUCCUAAUUAUAUAGCAGUAAUUAGAUGUACACAUAAAAAAAAAAUGCUUUUAAAAUCUUUGGAAUACGGACGAGUAUAAAUUUAGCAAAUAACAACAAAUUAAGCAAAAUCUUCCCCGAAAUUGCAAAUGACUCGCGCACAGCGUGCCCCAUUAUUCUGAAAAAUCGAACAUGCAUUUCAGUUAUAGCUCAAAAUGUGUCCCCUUCCUGUUAUUACUUUUAGGGAAAGGAUAAUUCCAUUCUGUUUUCAUAGAAUAAAAACUCUUCUGGGUUUUGAGACACUGGAAUUUUCACAUUAACUGGACUCGUAAAGUUCCUUGGAUCCAUCUUAUAUUUUUUUGAUAUAAAUAUCUUCUAAUAAUAAAUUUAAUCUGAAAAAAUUAACUUCACAAAAAUUUCAUUUAAAGUUAAAUAUUUAUUGUACAAUUUUUUCUAAAUGUGUUUAGAAGGCUGCUAUGGCCAAGUGUUUAGGUUUCAGUUCCAGAACUGGAAGAUUCCAAAUUCAAAAUCCAUAGUAUAUGCAGGCUUGUUGUGGAAUUUCGGUAAUUCAAGUAUCAUCUAACUAGGGUUUAAAAUUACAAUAUCCAUCCCAAAAUAGCUCCUAUGUUGCUUCUAAGUAGAACACUAUAACUUGUUUUAUUCAAAUUUAAGUUCUCUUUUAAAAACUUAUCAUAAAUUAUUAUAGAUUAGAUAACUAUUGUAUGUUAAAAACUAAACAGAAAUAACCAAAAAAAAAUAAAAAAAAAUUAUACAAUAAAAAUGAAAUCUUAUUUGCUUAGUUCUGAUUUUUUGUAAAAUUUACUAUGGAACUAUUUUUAUUGUAUUUUAGUAUGUAUAUGUUUCAUUGCUCAACUGUAAAAAGUUGGCCUUGAGAGGAAAAUAAAUUAUUUUAUCUUUAGCCGAUAUAAUUAUAUUGUGACUUAUGAAAUUAUUCAUGUUCUAGUCAUUUCUAAUACUUGGAUAGUGCCAAAUAUUUUCUUACUAUGUUUGUUAAUGAUUAUAUUUUAAUUAUUAAAAAAAAUUAUUUUGAAAAUAAAUUGUAAUUAUGUGUAUUGCUUUGUUAAAUACUAUGAAUGCCAAAAAUUUGUAAAACCAAUAUUAAAAUGUUUUUUAACCUUUCGAAGAAAAUAGGCAACUUCUCCAAUGCAAUUUCAAAUAAUUCAAAAUUAUUAAAAUACUUUCUGAAAAUCUCCAUGAGUACUAUUUUUGAAAAUGCAGUUACAUAUUAUUGCAUGGAUCAUUCACUUUUCAGAGCUGAAAAAGUUAGUGGAUCAGAAUUAUUUGCUACUUGGAUUGAUAAUACUUUAUUAAUUAAUAGAAUGCUAAAUGCCUUUCUAGAAAUGGGCCUUUAUUUAUUUAGCAUUUUGUGUUUAUACUUUGAAUUGCAUCAUGUCCGAUUAUAUUAUGACACUAACAUAAGUGGAAAAAACUCUUAAAUUGAAAAAAAAAAACUUGUAUACAUGAAUUAUUUUUAUCAUUAGUUAUUACUUUGAAUAAUGUGAUUGUUGU